AUGCAAUUUAAAGUCUCUCCAUUAACGAAAAUCAUAUCCCUAUCGGUAUUCUUAGCAUUAGGUUUCCUUCUAGUGAUUCUAAGUUGUGCAUUAUUCCAUAACUAUUAUCCAUUAUUUGAUAUCUUAGUCUUUAUCUUAGCUCCAAUACCUAAUUCUAUAUUUGGCUCAAGAUCAUAUGCUUCCUCUGAUUUCAUGUCUCCAUCUUCAAAUAAUGGCAAAGAUUUAGGUCAUUUCCUAACAGGUAUGUUCGUCGCAAGUGGGAUCGCAUUGCCUUUAGUGUUUUAUCAUUGUCAAUUGAUUGGUUCUGUCAGUUGUGCAAUGAGUAUGAUUGGUGGUCUGAUCAUAUAUUCUAGUAUAGUAAUAUUUUCAUGGUUCUUCCAUAGUAGUUGGGAAAAUGAUGAAGAUAAUUUAUUCGGUUAA